AUGGACAAACUUGAGCGAUAUCGGGAUGAUCCAGAAUGGGAUGAUGUUCACCCUAUUCCACUCACAGAUGAUGAACAAGCAGCUGUUCGGAUUGAAACUAGUGAUGCUUUUAAUGAUGCAUUUAUGUAUCUACGAGCUGUUGUACUCAGUAAUGAAAUGUCAGAACGUGCAUUUAAAUUAACUGUUAAAUGUAUUGAUUUGAACCCUGCUAAUUAUACUCUCUGGCAAUAUCGUCGUUCUCUUCUGAAAGCACUGAAUAAAGAUCUGAAUGAGGAAUUCAACUUCAUUGCUGAAGUGAUUGAAGAAAAUCCUAAGAAUUAUCAGGUCUGGCAUCAUCGUCGAACACUAGUGGAAUGGACAAAUGAUGCCAGUCGAGAGCUUGAUUUCACAGCGCGAAUGAUUGAAGAUGAAGCCAAAAACUACCAUUCAUGGCAGCAUCGUCAAUGGGUCGUUGAAAAAUUCAAAUUAUUCAGUCAGCAAGAAUUGAAUUAUAGCGCAGGACUUUUGAUCGAAGACAUGCGUAAUAAUUCGGCCUGGAACUACCGGUAUUUUAUACUUCAAGGAUUGGAUACAUUAAAGGAUCCCACCGUUUUAAAUCGAGAAAUUUUAAUGACUCAGUCUAUGAUCAGAAAAAUUCCAAAUAAUGAGAGCGCAUGGAAUUUCUUGUCUGGAAUAUUACUUGAUAAAGGAUUUUCUUCUCGAGCGGAUAUAAUGCAAUUUUGCCUUGAACUAAGCGAACAGAAACGUGUACCACUUUGUCUUAGUUUCAUGGUGGAUAUAUUGAUAGAAAGGAUUGAGAAGAAAAUGGAAGUUAAAGAGAAUGCUGCACAAGCAUUGCAAGUACUCCAACAAUUGAAAGAGCUGGAUCCAAUACGAAAAGAUUAUUGGAAUUAUAAUGUGAAACUUGUCAAUAAUCUUAUCGAAGCAAAUUAA